AUUAACACGAACAAAACACAAGAGAAGCCCCCACGGACACAACACAAACGCAGCAAACCGGGGCUACACAACACGAGACAGCCGAAACCAGGGGAGAAGAUUUUUCUUUCGCAGUCUUUCUCCAUAUCAACACCAUCCACCCUCAAGAGAUCUUGAGGGUCGUUUUUUGGAUCUGGGUUUUGGGAGAUUGGAGUUCUUGUUCUGGGUUUAAGGGGUUUUGAGCAAUGGCCACUGCUUAUCCCAUUCCCCUAACUGCUGCUCAGGUAGGUACUUAUUUCGUGGGGCACUACUAUCAGGUGCUACAGCAACAGCCUGAGAUUGUUCACCAAUUCUAUUCCGAUGCCAGCACCAUGCUUCGCAUCGACGGCCAUGUGAGAGAGUCGGCCACCGCAAUGCUGCAAAUCCACUCGCUAGUCAUGUCAGUCAGUUACACUGGAGUUGAAAUAAAGACGAUACAUGCACUGGAAUCUUGGAAUGGCGGUGUUCUUGUGAUGAUUUCAGGUUCUGUGCAACAAAAGAACUUCACUCGCAGCAGAAAGUUUGUCCAGACGUUCUUUCUAGCUCCACAAGAGACUGGCUAUUUCAUUCUUAAUGACAUUUUCCAUUUUGUCGAAGAAGACCAAACUCACCACCAUCCUGCGGUUCUACUCGGUCAGAGCAAUUAUCCUACCAAACUCAGUGCUUCUCACCCAACUUCAGAGCCAGUGCCUACAUAUAUGAUGGGCGGGGAAGUCCAGGCACGGGAGUUUGCUCCUACAUCUGAUGUCAAGGAAAACGGCCUAGUCGACAAUUAUAGAGUGCCAGAAAGGUCUCAGCCAGUCCCUGAGUCAGAAAGUACAUUGGAGGCCAAUCAGCCGGCCGAGUCAAAUGGCUUCGUACAGAAUGUCGUAAAUGCUUCUCAAGAUAACUCACCGACUUCUGUCGAUGAGUCUAUUGGGGAGCCUCAAAAGCAUACUUACGCCUCUAUUCUGCGUGUUGCCAAAGGACAAUCUGCACCAUCUGUGGCUCCACCUCCAGUGAACAAGAAUUCUUUAGCUGUUUCAGAGUGGGAUCAUAUUCCAGAGCCCACAGGGCAGCAGCCAAUUGCACCAACUAAUGUGCAUGAACCGUCUGGAGCAGAGACAGGAGAGGAGAUUUCAGGUGUAGACGAUGAAGGUGAAAUCAAAUCUGUUUAUGUAAGAAAUUUGCCGCCUACUGUUUCUGAAUCUGAAAUAGAGGAGGAGUUUCGGCAGUUUGGUAAAAUCAGACCUGAUGGUGUAGUCAUUCGGGGUCGCAAGGAUUUAGGUGUUUGCUAUGCAUUUGUCGAAUUUGAAGACAUGGAUGGUGUACACAAUGCUGUCAAGACUGGGAGUGCACAGAUUGCUGGGCGACAAGUGUAUAUUGAAGAACGGAGACCGAACAGCAACAUUCCAUCCCGAACAAGACGAGGCAGAGGGAGAGGUAGCUACCAAACAGAGUUUUCGAGGGGGCGAUUUGGCGGGAGAAAUUUUAGCAGGGGAAGUGGGCAGAAUGGAGUGGACAGAGAAUACAACAAGCCAAGAGGGAAUGGUUUCUAUAAGCCAAGUUCUCGACAAGACAGAGGUGUGUUGGGGCAACAGAAUCCGAGGAACGGGCAAAGCCUACAGGAGUAGAGAAGCUUAGCAAAAGGAGCACAAAAUUUUGAGGCCGAACUUUUUGAACUUAUCAGAUUCUAUUCCGCCAAUUUUUAUGACCAUAAAUGGAUAGUGAUAGGAGCCAAUUUUACUGUUUAUGGGAGGACAUUUUCUUGAAGAAUGGUACCGGACAUGGCCUUUGCUAAUCUAUAGGGUAUGAGUCUGCAAUUCGAGUUAUAAUCUCCGACAUUUCGGAGUGAAAUUUAUUGACAAUCACCUGGUUUUUGC